AAUAAUCGGUCCCUGGUGGCAGUAGCCACAGAGCUCACAAAGGAGGAAACAAAAUAAGUAGGAGUCAAACCCACAUGGCCAUGCCUUUUACAUACAGAACAGAUCCUUGCAGGGACCACAGACUGUAACAGGUUAAUGCUGGAAUCAAUAAAACAGUUGGGUCAGCCGAUGCCUCGGCUCCUACUGAUGCUUGACGGACUCCAGAGCACAGCUCAGCAUGACCAGGUGAAGUAAAGCCUCCUGCUCCUUGGUGCUCCUUCUGCCCAUAGUAAACCCUUCCAUACAGGAUCAGAUAAGCCUGGGCUCCUGAAAGCUGCUUGUUUGAUCAAUUCUCUCCCAGCUCAGUGAGGGAAGCCUGUUCUGCGGCUGGAAUUCCCUUUCACUCAAAGGAUGAAGAAUAAUUCAAGUUUUGGCAAUGAAAGUGGUUUAGGCAGUGAUUGGGACUAUGAUGACCUCCCGGAAUGUACCGAGAACCUGUGUUCCUUCUUUCGCAUCACCACUCUCAUCCCGGUUACCAUUGUGCUGCUCGUUGUAAUGGUCGUUGGUGUUAUAGGAAACACAAUCACCAUCCUUAUAAUUAGGAGAUACAAAGAAAUGAAGACAACCACCAACUUCUACUUGUCCAGCAUGGCUGUGUCUGACAUGAUCAUCCUACUCUGCUUACCCUUUGAUCUGUACCGACUUUGGAAGUCCAUGCCGUGGAUAUUUGGUGGGUUCUUGUGCAGAUUUCACCACUUUAUCAGCGAGGGCUGCACAUAUUCCACCAUCCUGCACAUCACAGCCUUGAGCAUAGAAAGGUAUCUAGCCAUCUGUUUCCCCCUAAAAUCCAAAGUCCUCAUCACCAAGACAAGGGUGAAGUGUGUCAUCAUGUUUCUAUGGAUUGUCGCCCUUUUAUCAGCAGGACCCUUUUAUUUUUUGGUUGGGAUUGCUCAGGUGUACAAUAUUACCAAUGCCUGGGAAUGUAGGUACACUUUUCAUGCCGUCCAAUCAGGACUUGUCAAUGUCAUGAUGUGGGUGACCACUGCCUACUUCUUCAUCCCCAUGUUCUGCUUGACCAUCCUUUAUGGCUUCAUAGGCAAAACGUUACGGCGAAGCCAAAAUAGCAUCAGAAGCCGCAACACAGCACAGAGAGAGAAAUCCCACAGACAAACCAUGAGAAUCCUUGCGGUGGUGGUCGUGGCUUUUAUAAUCUGCUGGCUCCCAUUCCACAUUGGAAGAAUCAUAUUUGCAAACACGGAAAGAUACGAGAUUCUGAAAUUCUCCCAGUAUUUUAACGUUGUUGCCAUUCAGUUAUUUUACCUGAGUGCCUCCAUCAACCCUAUAUUGUAUAAUCUCAUCUCUAAGAAAUACAGGAGUGCUGCCUACAAGCUCCUCAGACCCAGCAUGCCUAAAGAGAAGACAUAUAAUGCAAUUAAAACCGACACUGGAGACAAAACAGAAAUCAGUGCAUGCAUUCAUAAUGAAUAUGUAACACCCAUGUGAGAGGGCAAAACACACAGGGACAAGGUUAUCAAAGACUGAAACUAAAGCUUCCAUUGCUCUCUAUUGACUUUUAAGGGCAGAGACACAUGGGAAGAUUCGGGGGGAUUUA